CUCGCCAUCCUCGCCGCCGCCAGUUCCGUGGCCGGUCAGGUCUAUAACCCCAUCGGCCAGCCUUGUUCUCCUCAAGGCGCAGAAGGGUGUGCGAACAACGUACCGACUCUCAACGACUAUAACGCCUUCAUCUACGAGUGCGGCCCUACCAAUACGUUUGUGUAUGUUGCCGGUUGCGCGUGCAAUACGUGCUGCGAGGCUACCGCUGAUGGAGCUUAUUGCACUUGA